GAUUUCCUCUUCAAGUUCUUGGAGAUCAGCAGCGCUAGCACCAGCAAGUCUUGCCUGCUACAGCCCUUCAUCAAGAGCAAGUACAGGAUUUCCAAUUCCCAACCCUUGGCUGGGUGGAGGAGGAGGCUGUGAGGAAGAGGAAGAUGCCCCAGGACAGCCAGGCAGACAAGGAGCUGAGCAUGGAGACCAGGGAGGACAAAUCCCCACGGCAGAUCCUCGUGGAAGAGGCCGUUUUGAGCAGCUCCACGGUGCAGGAAUCCAACGGGGAGGAAAAGUCCUGGCGAUCCCUUGUGAGAAGAGACUGCAAAAGCAGAUCACGAGGAUCUGAGGAGGAAAGAGCCACCCUGUGCCAGGAAGGCGGCCAGAGAUGGAGCCAGAGCUCAGACCUGGUGGUCCAUGAGCAGCUUCAUGAUGGGGAGAAGCCCCACAAGUGCUUUGGGUGUGCAAAGAGCUUCAGCUGGCGGUGCGACCUGCUUCGCCACCAGAGGAUCCACACUGGGGAGAGGCCCUACGAGUGUGGGGAAUGUGGGAAGAGGUUCAGAGAGAGCUCCAGCCUAACCAAGCACCAGAGAAUCCACACUGGGGAACAGCCAUACAAGUGUGGGGAAUGUGGGAAGUGCUUCACGCUCCGUAGCUCCCUGACUGUACACCAAAGGAUCCACACUGGUGAGAGGCCCUACAAGUGUUCUGAGUGUGGGAUGGGGUUUCUGACCAGCUCCAAGCUCCUUGAACAUCAGCAGACACACAUAGAGGAGUGGCCCUUCCGCUGCCCCGACUGCAGGAAGGGCUUCAAGCACAACUCCACCCUCACCCGGCACAGGCGCAUCCACACCGGGGAGAGGCCCCACGAGUGUGAUGUAUGUGGGAUGAGCUUCAUACAGAGCUGGGCCCUGAUCCGCCACCAGAGGACCCACACUGGGGAGAGGCCUUAUGAGUGUGAUAAAUGCAGCAAGAGGUUCCACACGAGCUCCAAUCUCCUCUUGCACCAGCGGAUUCACACAGAGGAGAGGCCCUUCCGCUGUCUUGACUGCAGGAAGGGCUUCACGCAGAACUCCAUCCUCGUCAGACACCAGCGCAUCCACACUGGGGAGAAGCCCCACGAGUGUCCCCAGUGUGGGAAGAGCUUUUCACGGAGGUCUCACAUGACCCAACACCAACUGAGGCACCAGUAAGGGAAGCCCUGUGAGUGCCCCCAGUGCAGGAAGAGCUUUGUGCACUGCUCCAACUGCAUCCCCCACUGCAUGAUAGCCCUGGUGACCCACAUUCCCUGUGGUCCAUGUUGGGAAGAUACCUGGCUGGUUAUCCUUUUUUUGGCCUUAAUUUUUUUCUCUUCUACCUCUCUUUGCACUCCAGAAGCCAAGAAGAAUUGGUCUGUCACCUCAAAACCACUGAUCCCACUGAGAACAACUCAAAUUUACCUGACAGGGUUCAAUCCCACCCCAAAUGGCUUGUUCCCACCUCAGAAAAACUCAAUCCCAUGCCAAAUUUACUCGAAUCCACAGCUUCCAGGGUGAGAUGGGGUUGGAAGGAGAUUGGGAGAUGUGGGAUCCAAAUUUGGAGCAAUGGGAUUAGGAUUGUGUGGGGCUGGGUGAGUGGGAUGUAUUUGAUAGUAAAUCAAACAUUCAGAGUUAUUGAUUUCUGUCCCAUUCAUUUUCAAUCAGUGUCAGUUCUGUUUUCAGUGUGCCACCUUCUCAGCUGGUUGUGUUAGGAAAAUUAAUCCAUGCACACCAGAGGUUUAUGUCCAAAAAGGA